AGCCACUGUCGGGUCGGGUAGAUUUGUUGUGUGAGCCCCAAAGACCAAAACAAGACAACCUUCUCGCCUCCAUCCGGGUAGAUUCUCUCUCUAGGUAGAUUAGGUGUAAUUUGUACCAUUUGUUGUUAUGGAGAGAUACUCACUCCAGAAAGUCAUCGGUGAGGGGUCUUUUGGUCGGGCUUUGUUAGUCCGCUGCAAAAGCACUCAGGAGAAGUAUGUGGUCAAGGAAGUCCAGCUGCCAAAGAAUCCCUCCAAAUUGGAGAAUUCGAGGAGAGAAGCCAUCCUGCUGUCACGAAUGAAACAUCCUCACAUCGUGGCCUUCCGGGAGGCAUUCGAAGCUGACGACCUCCUGUGUAUCGUUAUGGAGUACUGCAGCGCAGGAGAUCUGCUCCAGAGGAUCCGGCAACAAAAGACUACGCAGUUCCAUGUUGAAGAUAUCUUGAGGUGGUUUGCUCAAAUGUGUGCUGCCACAGUGCAUAUCCACGACAAACGGGUUUUGCACAGAGAUCUGAAGUCCAAGAACAUUUUCCUGACAGAUAAUGGGACCAUCAAGCUCGGGGACUUUGGCUCGGCGUGUAUUCUGAACAGCUCGAAGGCAUACGCACAUACAUAUGUUGGCACACCGUAUUAUGUGGCUCCAGAAAUCUGGGACAACAAGCCAUACAACAAUAAGAGUGAUGUGUGGUCUCUGGGCUGCGUUCUCUACGAGCUCUGCACCCUGCGACACCCGUUCCAGGCGUCCAGCUGGAAGAGCCUGAUCCUUAAGGUGUGCCGGGGUGCGUACCCUCCCGUCCCCGAUCGCCUUCCCUACGAGCUGCAGCAUUUGCUCAAGCAGAUGUUUAAGACCAACCCCAAAGACAGGCCGUCCCUGCACAGCAUCCUGGCCUCUCACCGCGUGUCCAGGCUCUUGCGUGCGCACCUGCCCCCCGAGGGGGCGGAAGCGCGGGAGCAGGGGAGGCGUACGGGUCGGUGGAACAGGGAGGAGGGGGAGAAGGUGGCCAGUCUCCUCGGAGAGAAGAGUUUAAUCGAAACAUCAACAUGGGAAGGUGGAGUUGAGCAGUGCUGUCAUACACGUGGAGAGGAGUUCCCCGAAGCCCGCUGCGAAAGCAGGAGGCCAGUUCCCCGAAAGCAGUGGGCGGCUGAGCCGUCGGACACCCUGCGCCAGAUGUUGGCCGAUGCCAGCCUCCUCUCAUCCGACAGCACGCCGUCUGCCGAGGUGCCAGAGGAGCCGGAGGGCAGCAGGCCGAGGAGACGAUGGGAAAAGGAUCCUCCCGAGAGGCUUCUGGGUCUACUGGAGAAGGCCCGGCUCAGCAGAGCCUCCAGCACCUUUUUGAUACACACAGGAGUCCACGACCCGCUGGUGGGACCCCUCUCCCAGCCGCAGGGGGACGACACGGACGGCGGCGGUGAGCCCGAAGUGGCCGAGGAUGAGGAGCGACUGCAGCCGCGCUCUGAUGACGAGGACACAGACUUUGAAGAAGACUCUGCGUGCGACUGGAUGGAGGAAGUUGAGAAAAUGUUUUGGGAACACUAAAGCCUCAUUCGUUCUGAGCCUGCACCAGCGAAAGAUGUUUACAUUCCCUCAACACACUAAAUCACGUAAAGUUCACAAUGUGUAUUUGAGACCAAGUUGUCGAUGCAAUAAAUGAGGACCAACUUUGAUAGCAUCUUUGUAUACAAGUUUAUAAAAAAAAACAUUUUGAGUUGGAUGUUGUGGAACUUGUUAUCGUUAAGAACCUUUUCUUACAUAAAGAUGUUU